CCUGGAGCAUCAAAGAGACGAGACCAGAGACGUCUUCAUGUCUGAUUUUUAAAAAGUUUGAAUCGGACAGUACCACUCUUUAUGAGUCGGGGGGGUGAUUUCAUUCAAAAGAUUUUUUGUUCUUUUAUUUUGAUGAUUGGCAUCAUUUCCCAGAAUCCCCGGUGUCUUCCAGCACCUGUAUGUGUCAUUGGAACAGAGGUCAUUGGACUUGAAGCUAUAAAAUUCUUUUUAAAGAAAAUGUGACUAUUUAAAAAUAUAUACAUACUCUUUUCUUAUGUAUUUUGAACAAGGGAGGGAAAAAAUGACAGAAUAACAUUCACCGAAAAAAGUAAAGAUCAUAUAAAGUAACUAAUUUCAUUAAAGUAUCUAAUUUUACUAAUGGGUUAUGAGGAAGUAAAAACUGAAUUAUUCUAUCCUUUCUCUUUUGUAGCUUUACUGAAAUGUCAUGUUUGCUUUCUCAAUAACAUUUCUGCUAUGUUUUUAGAGAAAUUGGGUCAAUCGGUCCUUUAAAGUGUACGGUCAGAACUGUUGAACUUCUUGGGGUUUCUGUCCUGACACAGGCUGUCAUCGAGGGAGAGGAGGCAGAAGAAAAUUUGAUUUGAAAGGUUAUUAGGUCGACUUGUGUGUUUGAUGUUGCCUUCCUGUCACCAGAGGCCCAGAUAAGAGGAUUCUGCACAUACCUAUUGACUUCACUGCCAAUUUAUACACAGCAAGCCCGACACUUGAAGGCACACGCUCACUUCCCCCCGGCUGGCUCAGUGAGAAGCUGCAGGAUGGAGAUGGCACUGGUGGUGAGUUUCUGCUUUCUCGUAUUUGUUCUGAUGAAUUGAAUCAGAUAUUUUACUGUACGUCUCAUUCCAGGUGUCUGCAUCGUUGGUUGGACUUACCCUUGUUCUGCUCUCCUUUCCUGAGCACGGCUCUCUGAACAGACUGCUGGAUGGCCCCUCAGGUAGGAUUUCUAUGCUGUAGUUGCUGAUCAGGGUGAGAACGUCCUACAACCUGCUUUGUGUUGUCAGGAACUGUGUAUUUGGGGUCAGUGUUUGUCAAUGAGGCUCUGCACCGAGCGACAGAGCUGACUGAUGCUGCCUACGCCCACACAAAGGAAAGGGUGAAAAAGUCUUGGUCUGAAAGCGCUCUCAGAUCCAGUGACCUCCUGGCUCAGUUUAAGCAGAUUGAAACCAGUACCAGAACUCAGAUCCAGGCUGCUGAGCUCCUGGACAACACGGUGGAGCUGAUCAGGGAGAUGGUGUACACCAACACCAUGAAACAGCCCAAUCCAUAUGGUACUUUCCAAAGAGAUGUUCGCCUUCAAAUUCAUUAACAUUUUGUUAAUAUUUUAGAUGAAACCUCUGAGUUUGUUUCAGGACACAUUUUAAAAGUUUCCUCCAUGAUCUCUCAGAGCUGCUCAGUGAAGGAGACAUGGAGAAUCUGCUGCAGGUGAGCGGCUGUGCCACCGACCUGCAGACACCCACCUGUCAGGCUGACUGUCUGUCUGAGCGCUACAGGUCCAUCACGGGGGAGUGCAACAACAGACAAUAUCCAAAAUGGGGAGCUGCCAACAUCCCGUAUUCCCGCUGGUUGCCUCCAGAGUAUGAGGAUGUGUGGGGGAUGCCCCGAGGCUGGGACCCCAAACACAAAUACAACAACUUCAGCCUGCCCCCGGUGCGGCUCGUGUCACAGGAAGUGCUGUUCACUCACAACAGCAACAUAUCUGAGGACUCCACGCUGUCCCACAUGCUGGUGGACUGGGGUCAGUGGAUCGACCAUGACAUGGUGCUGACCCCGCAGAGUCCCAGCACAGUCACCUUUAAGACUGGAGCCGACUGCACCCACACCUGCAGCAGGAACACGCCCUGCUUCCCCAUCCAGAUUCCUCUGUCUGACCCUCGUAAUGGUGUCCAGAGCUGCAUGCCCUUUUUCCGCUCUGCUCCGAGCUGCAGCCCCAGGGUUCCGCCUCAUCGCCACCGGGAGCAGCUCAACGCCAUCACCUCUUACAUAGAUGCCAACAUGGUGUACGGCAGCUCAGCCGCACAGGCCUUAGCUCUGAGGAACCAGUCCUCUCCUCUUGGAGCAAUGGCUGUCAACCUGCAGCACUCGGACCAGGACCUGCCUUUAAUGCCGUUCCUGCCCCGCCUGCAGGCUCACCUGGAUCCCUGUGGUCCUCGCAACAGCACCUCAACAGGGGCCUCAGACAGAUCUAACUUACAAGACAACAUAACGUCAUGCUUUCAAGCUGGUGACUCCAGAGUCAAUGAACAUUUGGGCCUCAUUGCUCUGCACACGGUCUUUCUGAGAGAGCACAACAGACUGGUGAGAGAGCUGCACCAUCUUAACCCUCACUGGAGUCCCGACACGCUCUAUCAGGAGGCUCGCAAGAUCAUUGGGGCCAUGCAGCAGAUCCUCACAUGGGAGCAUUACCUGCCACGGGUCCUUGGCGAGAGCGUCAUGUCUCGUCUGAUGCCUCCCUACCGUGGCUACCAUCCUGGCGUGGAUCCCAGCAUUGCCAACACUUUUGCAACAGCUGCGUUUCGCUUUGCCCACGUCACCGUGCAGCCAGUGGUGACCAGGCUGGGACCAGGAUACGCCUACAACUCUGAAUACCCCCCACUGCCCCUGCAUCAGUCACUGUUUGCUUCUUGGAGGGUCAUACAAGAAGGGGGUGUCGACCCUGUGCUGCGUGGUCUCCUACUGUCUCCAGCCAAGCUGCAAACUCCUGGUCAGAUGAUGGUGGAGGAGCUGACGGAGCGACUAUUCCAAGCUCAGGGAGGGAUGCCUCUGGACCUCGGCGCCCUCAACCUCCAGAGAGGCCGGGACCAUGGCUUACCUGGAUACGGCUCAUGGAGAAGGUUUUGCGAACUCUCUGCUCCCAACACUACAUCAGAACUAGCAGAAAUCUUAGGCAACUUCACCUUGGCUCACAAAUUUCAGCUCCUAUACGGGACCCCGCACAACAUCGACGUGUGGGUGGGCGCCAUAUCUGAGCCUGCCCUGCCCGGAGGCCGAGUCGGACCGCUCCUGUCCUGCCUCCUGGCUAAACAGUUCAGAGCCCUGAGGGACGGGGACAGGUUUUGGUGGGAACGGAAAGGAGUGUUCAGCAGCUCUCAAAGAGAACAUCUGAGGACCGUCUCUCUGUCCCGGAUCAUAUGUGACAACAGCCAUAUCACCCGGGUCCCUGUGGACCCGUUCUCCCGCACUGAGAGACCAGAGGAUAUGCUGGCCUGUUCCCACUCCCUCAUCCCCCACCUCGACCUCAGCCCCUGGAAGGAGCCAGACACAGAUCCCAGCUGUGGUCCAAUACCCAGAAUUCCGUUAGGCUACUCCAUUCUCUGCAAAUCUGUGGUUUUCUAUGAGUGUCACUCUGGGUUUAAGCUGGUGGGAUCCUCAUCAAUCAGCUGUGAUCCAAACAGCCAGCAGUGGAGCUCCAGCCCACCGACGUGUCACGACGUUAACGAAUGUGAGGAACCGAUUUCUCCAUGUCCACAAAACCUGGAGUGCUUCAACACAGCUGGUUCCUUCAUCUGCUCGGAGUCCUCUGGACCGUCUGCUGCCUCCAUCGCCUCUGCAGUGAUCCUGGUGAUCGGGGGCGUGGCCAUGGUGGCGAUGAUCCUGAUCUGUUACAGAAGAUACUUUCCAAAAACACCAGAGCUGUACAACGCUGAAUGUUGCCCGGGCAACAGUUAAUCAGUGAGUCAAGAACUGAUAGAACUGUGUCUAUCUGGGAAAGCUGUAUAUAUUUGUCUGAAGGAGCAGCAUAUUUAAACUGUUUAAUUUAUAAUAAUUGUCAUUAAAGAAACAAUUCUGCUAGUAAAUUUAUUUGUCCUGCCUGAUGGUCUUCCUUCAUAAAAUAAACACGGCAAACGUCAAAAGUUUGCAGGAACCUGGGAGUGGAGGCCAUGAAAACCGAAGCUGAUUUGAUCCGGAAGCUUGAAGUCUUAGUAUUUGUUUUUAAAAAAAAAACAGAUUUGGAGACUUUAAAUCUCCUCUGAGGGAUUUUGGUGUUUCGUUAUUGUUCCAUGAGCCUCCUAUCUGCUUACAAACCUGUUGGGCAACUGAGUGUGUGUGUUUGCGCGAGUCCGGGCGACCCGGCAACGACCUUUUUUACAUGAUGUCAGGGAAUUCAACGCUUCCGAUUGUGUUCUAAAAAUAACACAAAACGUCAGGGAAUUUAACACUUCCAACAGAGAUGUAAAAAUAACACAAACUACAAAAGUCAGUCAGGCUUUUAUGCCUUGCUUUUAAUAGGACACAGGUAACAACCAUUACAUCAAAACACACCCAUAAAAUGGCCAAGAAGUUUUUUUUAUUGCACUUUCUACUAUGAACUCCUUCAUUUUUACCACCAAAACACUCGUUAAAAAUGUUUCCAUCCAUAACGAAUACAUACCAGGUCACUUUUCAUAGUGUAAUAUGGCUGUGUUUACCUUUCAUGCUAAAUCAAUGGCUUUUGCUGUAUUGUUCACCAUUUGUUAAUAAAGUUUUUUUUUUCGUUUUUGCUGUGAGAUAUUUGGAUUUUAUGGUGAUAUCUCUGAUUAUUAGGGACAACGUAAAGCUUUUUAUGGCAAAGGGGCAUAAUAUAGGUCACUUUUUAAAAGGCACAGCAGGAAGGCCACACUGAGAAAGGAAGUGUUUUAUUUUAAGAAAAUUGCAGCAAGAAAAAGUUUUCCUGAGGUGGCUGAACUAAGAAAAUAACUUUUUGGAUGAUCUUUGAGCAUGUGAAAGAUUAAUGUUUCAAACUUUUUAUUACACUACAAAAGUAAAUCACUUGAGGACAAUA